UGUCGGGGAUCACUAGGCACAAACACUAAACACAGCAUUUUCAUCGCCUUUGUUUCUUGUUUUUUUAUUUCGUUUAUCUGGACAAAAUAUAUUUUUCCGGUGUGAAAAAGUUUACUUACUAUAAUUGAGUAAGUAUGGCCGGGGAAGUUCUUGUUGAUGCUCUGCCCUACAUUGAUCUUGGAUAUGAUGAUUCUGGAGUGAGAGAGGCGGCAAUCGCAAUGGUUGAGGAGGAAUGUCGCAGAUAUCGUCCUACUAAAAAUUACCUAGAGCAUCUACCAGCUUUGAAUACGACCGCUUUCGAAACAGAGAUGAUGGCGGCUGAAUUUGAACGAAUACAGAAUCGACUUCCGAUGGAGCCGCUAAGCAUGAAGCGUUAUGAACUCCCUCCUCCACCUGCGGGCAAAAUGUCUGAGGUAUCAGCAUGGACCGAAAGCGUUGACAAUUCUAUGGCCCAGCUGGAACACCAAGCAGUACGAGCAAUAAACCUUGACAUGAUGAUGGAAUACGGCUGUGAAAUGUGGAAAUCUUAUUUAGAGGUACUAACUGCAAUGCAAGCUAAGGCACAGGUGCGGUUGGAGGCUUUAAAAAAAGAAAUUCAGGAUGUCAACUGGAAAAGGAAAUCUAAACAAACUCAAGGUGGUGAAAAGUUAAGAUCACUAGAAGCCCAAUGGGUAAUGCUAGUUUCAAAAAAUUACGAAAUCGAGCAAGCAUGUGUAAAAUUAGAAGAAAAGAUUUAUCAGAAAAAAAUUGAAAAAUAUUCAACGCAAAGACAAGGAAAUAAAAUUGACAAUUAAUUUCCUAGAA